UUGUCAACAGGGCUUGAAGUCACACGGCCAGCGGAGAGGAUGAGGAUACUAAAUCGCAGCAGGAGGAGCUGGAUCUGGAACCAGUUCUUCGUGAUUGAAGAAUACGCCGGGCCUGAACCUGUGCUCAUCGGACGGCUCCACACUGACAUGGACAGGAAUGAUGGACGCACUAAGUAUGUCCUGCGAGGCGAGGGAGCGGGCUCGGUCUUCGUAAUAGACGAGAAAACAGGUAACAUCCACGUCACCAAGCCGCUGGACCGUGAGGAGAAGGACGAAUACCGUCUCAUCGCCACGGCCACCGACAGGCAGACCGACCGCGCCCUGGAGCCCUCGUCACAGUUCAUAAUCCGGGUGCAGGACAUCAACGAUAACCCGCCCGUCUUUGAUGAAGGCCCCUACAGCGCCAUGGUGCCCGAGAUGGCAAAUAUAGGCACGUCUAUAAUCCAGGUGACAGCAACAGAUGCUGAUGACCCGACAUAUGGGAACAGCGCCAAGCUAGUGUACACACUGGUGCAGGGCCAGCAGUACUUCUCUGUCGAUCCCCAGACAGGUAUCCUCCGUACAGCUGUACCCGACAUGGACAGGGAAACCCAGGACCAGUACCUGGUGGUGCUGCAGGCUAAAGACAUGGGGGGCCACCUGGGGGGAUUAUCCGGGACCACCACCGUCACUGUCAGGCUCACGGAUGUCAACGACAACCCUCCUCGCUUCACUCAGAGCAUGUGGUCCUUCUCCGUCUCCGAGCUGGCCAUCCCGGGCGCCGAGAUCGGGCGCAUCUCCGCCACCGACGCCGACUUGGGCGAGAACGCCAAGCUGGACUACACCAUCCUGGAGGGGGAGACCGGCGACACGUUCAACAUCACCGGAGUGAACCAGGAGGCGGUCAUCACGCUCAACAAGGCUGUAGACUACGAGAGCCGGAGCUCCUACUCCUUCUCUGUGGAGGUCCUUAACCCCAUAGUGGACCCUCGCUUCCUCCGCCGAGGCCCUUUUAAAGACCGGGCUUCGAUCCGAGUGGCAGUCCUGGAUGCCGAUGAGCCGCCGAGGUUCUCCCGGGCCCGAUACCACAUGGAUGUUUCCGAGAACUGCCCUCCGGCCUGCACCGUGGGCCGAGUCAGCGCCGUGGACCCUGACACCGGUCUGACCAAUAAUAUCAGGUUCUCCAUUGAUCCUCAGUCAGACCCAGAGGCUCUGUUUCGUAUCACCCCGGACACCGGCCUCAUCACCACGGCCAUGGAGCUGGACCGGGAACGUGAGCACUGGCACAACAUCACAGUCAUCGCCACCCAGAGAGAUAAUCCCAGCCAGGUGUCCAGAGUUCUGGUUGCAAUAGAGACCUUAGACCUGAAUGACAAUGCACCCGAGCUCGACAGGCAGUACACAACCGCCAUGUGUGACUCAUCCUCCAUCGGGCAGGUGGUGCAGGUGUUGCGGGCGAUUGAUAGAGAUGAGGGAGGGAAUGACAGCACCGUGUAUUUCAGCAUCCCUCCGGAGUCCAGCGCUGCCCUCAACUUCAGCGUCAGGGACAGCGGUGGCCCCACAGCCAGCCUGGUGCUGCUGUCCCAGAUCCAGCCUCUGUCCCGAUCCUCAUCCUCCACCCUGACGCUCUACGUGCCGCUCGUCCUCAGGGACGGGACGUCGGGCCUCACCAGCACCGGGACGGUCACCGUGUCCGUCUGCCCCUGCCUGAGAGGAGGCGCGAGAGCCGGGGAGAAAGAGAAGGACAAACAGGCGGAGGGCGAGUGGGACUGGGAAAGAGAGGCGGUGUGUCUCCCUCAGCAGUCCACGCUGCCUUCGCCUGGGCUCAGUACCGCCGCCCUGCUGGCUAUCCUGGCUUGUGUCGCUACGCUGCUGGCGGUGAGUGCCCUGUCGCUGUCGCUGCGCCGUCAGAAGCGUGACUCCCUGUCGCCACUGGAGGAGGACGACGUCCGCGAGAACAUCAUAACAUAUGACGACGAGGGCGGAGGCGAGGCCGACACGGCCGCUUUUGACAUCGCUGCCCUCCAGAGUGCUCCGCACAGCUCCCGCUCGCGUGGUUACAGAACGCUGGACAGCAGGAAUGUUCGCUACACCCAUCGUGCUCAAGAAAAAGCUCGCACCUACAGCUGGGCUCAGAAUCAAGGUGUGGAUCACAACUACUCAGGACCAGGAGGACCCCUUUAUGGUCGUCUCUGCUACAGCAGCCACACCUUACCGGUUCUCCGCCGUGCUCCAGGUGGGACAUUUGAGCCAGGCUUGGCAGAGCUGGCAUACCGCUUCCCUGGAGGCCAGCCAGACCACUCCCUGGUCAUCCAGAACCAGGGGGCCAUAGUCGGGCCGAUGGAGUCUGGGGCGGUGUACAUAGCCCCCACAGACCUGAGUACGGGAAGCCGAACAGGGAGUCGUACGGGAAGCCGCGACGGGACCGCACCACAAAGUGGGGUGAGCACGUCAGAUGGAGGGACGCCAAGGACCACUGACAGCCAGGAGAGAGGUGGAGGGACGGGAACUGCGAGCAACUGUACAGAGGGCAGCAACGAGGACAAAGUCAACCACACUCAAGAUGUGGACUGGGUGCAGUCGGAGACGUUACCCAGGGAGCAUAACCUGGUCAUGACCCGAUCCGGCUCCAUGAUCGGCCAGGGUCACGGCGUGGGUGGCUGGGUGUGCGACUCGGCUACCCUCCCCUUGGCGGGACGCAGGGCCUCCCGAUCCGGCUUGUCCCCGAAACAUGGACAACAACAACCUCCAAGUGGACGCAACUAUGCCACAGUCCUGCAGGGGGAGGUGUCUGGACAGAGGGACUACCCCGGCACCCUGGGGAGAGGAGGACUGGAGAUGGGGAGCAACUUUGUGGUGGCGAGGCCAGACAGGGAGAACGGAGGAAUAUCACUGGCCGGGACUCCGUCGGUCUACCCGGAAGCAGCUGGCUUUAUCGGGGACUGGCGCGAUCGAGUGGGUCUGGGAGGGUAUGUUUUGGGCAGGAGGGAUAUGACCCCGCAGAUUUUAUCCUUCCCAGGGCAGCCUCGGGGAGCGUACGGUGGAGUGAUGGGCUUCGGGGCCAACUGGGUUCCAGGAAUGGAGGCGGCAAGAGGGGCACCCGGGCCUGGGGGUCCUUCUUUGGCACUGAGGGUGGGUGAGUUUCUUCGUCUGCGUCUCGCCCAGGUCACUUUCGACCCCUCGCAGCCACCGUACGACUCUGUGCAGGUGUACGGCCUGGAGGGGACAGGGUCCAGGGCCGGAUCCCUGAGCUCGCUAGAGAGCGAAGGAGAGAAGGAUGCAGAGAAGGAGGAUUGGGGAGCAGGGCUGGAAGAGUGGGGACCCCAGUUCCAGAAAUUAGCCCAACUCUUCAAAGACAGGGAGAAAGAGAGGGAUGAUAAGGAAAAAGUUGAGGAUGGUGCCAAAAAGGAGAGUGAAACGGCAGAGGAGACCGAGAAGAAAGAGGGAGGAGAUCAGGCUGGAGAAGACUGA